GAGAGAGAGAGAGAACUAAAAACUCAAGGAAAGCAUCAGUGUGGAGAGGUUGCAUGAAGCGAGUGGUUCCAACUGAAGACUUUGUUAUCAGAACAUGGAAACCAAAAAGCCGAGGUAGAGGAAGAGAAGAAAACUUCCCUGCUGGCUGCAUAGGAGACCUAGAAGUACCUUUGAGGGAUUACUGGGCACUUCAUAUGUGCUCGUGUCAUGGUGAUAUCCUACAUGAUUGUCUCUUGUUGACAGGAGCUGCUCUGUUUCUUGGACUUCCCGGGAUCAAAGUUUGUUUUCUUAGCAGAGAGCGUGAAUGAAGAGCGCGGAAACAGGAAACAUGUCCAACGUACGUUUCAAUCACCUGUUGAGAGGAGCCUGCUUGAUGUGGUUCUGGCAAGCUGUGUUUGCAUUUGAAACAGGAAAUAAAUUAUGGGAGGUCCCCACACCUCAUUUUGCAUCCUCCUCCUACCACAAUGCAAGCUGGCACUGGGAGCCCUACAGUGAGUGCCACCACCUCAUGGAAAGAGCCAGAAUCUCAGCAGAUAUUCCCCCAAGACUGGAUGGCACAUGGGUGUCAACAAGGUGUGAAAUUCGGCCCGGUCCAGAGUUCCUCACCCGUUCUUACACCUUCCACACAAGCCGUCAGUUCCGAGCGUUGCAGCAUUACUAUACUGACAGCAACUGUGAAGCCCCAAUCUACUCACUGAUCAUUAAGGGCAGAAUUCGACUUCGCCAAGCCUCCUGGAUAACCCAUGGGGGCACUGAAGGUGAACACCACCUCAGCAAGGUGGGCAUUGUAGUUCACAGCCUCACAGCCAUGCAGAGGCUUGCGUCAAGGCUGCCUCAAAUCUGCGUAGAUCUGACUUUGAGUCGUAUGGUGCCAGGGAAGCUGCAUGAGAUGUACAACACCCGGGCAGGUAGAGGCUGUCUUGUAGCUAUGGGCUUCUCCAUGAUGGAGAUGGGUCUGAUUCGGGUGGAGACUAGGCACCACUACCACGGAGGGAAGGUCCAGGAGCUGUUCUUAGGAGACAUACACACAGACUGGACACAGAGGACCCACUACAGACCCACUGGGUACCAGCAGCCGCUGCAAAAUGCCAUGCAUCACAUCCAUCCCUGCCCUGUGUGCGCCCUGGUGUACCGCUCCUCAGAGCAUCGCCCUCCAUUGUUAUCCCACUCUCCUACAGCGCCACUGUCUCUGGAUGGUUUAUGGGUGAGCCACCGCUGUGAAGCCCGACCUGCCGUCCUCUUUCUCACCCGAGAAUUCACUUUCAAACCUAACAAACACGCAUGGGAAGGAACCUACCGGCACUACUCAGACCCAGCUUGCUCCCAGCCCACUUUCACCCUGAGAGCAUCUGGCCACUACGCCCAGGGAAACCCCUCCCCGAAAGUCUCAGGAGCAGUUGAGUUAGUUUUCAAGGUCACCCAAGUGAAAGUCACAGCCUUAGAGGCAUCCACAGCUAAGAUGCUGAACAGGGCGAGGCCAGGGAAAUGUGGCUGGCCAGGAGACUGGGAGAUCGGGGUGGAGCGGGAUUUGGCCCCCACCGAUGGGUGCACUGUGCUGGGUAUUAAACUGCCACAUAAGGAGUAUGAACUCUUCAAGACUGAGCUGAACCACAGGAAGAACCUGCUGCUGUUCACUGGAGAGAGGCCAACUGAUGGGUCCAACCCUGACCGUCCACAACGGAGGCCCACUUCAUUUCAGGCUCCCAUGGUCCUUUGCAGUGAGCGGGAGACACCGCCCACAUAUGGUUCAGGUUUUAAUAGCAAACAAGUCCAGUCAACAGCCAGUGGGACAGAGAGGUUGGCAGAGCUGGUAAUACUGGUGUUUGGACUGACAAUGUUCAACUACUUCUGUGUGUAUUAGAAGCUAUUGAUGGACCUUUCUCUAGCAGCUUUUGCUCACUUUCUGAACCAUAUGGUCAAGAAAAAGACAGACUUUCAGGAGAGCUGAAUAAUAUCAGUUUACUAUUAUGCAACAGGCUUAUGCAUGUAAUACAGUGUGGCUUGUGUGUUAACUCCAGUGAUUCAAAUUCAGUGGUUUAUACUCAGUUGCUACCCACAAAUCCCUGUUUUUCUAUGGAAACCUGUUUUGGUGGUGAUGGUGCAAGUGUGUUGGGGGGAGGAGGCACACAACAUGACACAACUAGGGUUGCCUCCUUUCAAAAAUGAAAGUAAAGGAGCAAUCAGACAAUUAGGCAGCCCAUGACAGGACCAGAAAGGUGGGCACACGGAGAUACAGACAUGAAAGUCUGAGGUCUAUCCGCUGUACCUCAUGUUGGGUCCUCGCUACAGGACCCAACAUGAGGUACAGAGAUGUCAUUGGCAGCCCGUAAUAUUUCCUGUGUUUGAUUUUGUUCAUUAUUCACUUUUGAUGAGUGUGUGUGGGACAUUUAUGAAAAUACAAAACAAUUUAUGUCCCAUAUUGAAUCAAUAUGGGAUGCAACAAUUAAUGGUCAGAUAAAGGACAAUCCAAUAUUUCAAGGGACAAGGUGGCAAGCCUAGACACAACACGUGAUAAGAAUUCCAAUCAAAAGGUUGACCAAAAAAGUCUGAAUUCCAUCUUUCUAAGUGAUGAUUUUGAGAUACAUGGUCAAAAUGCCAACUUUAACUGCUAUAGGGCAUAAAAUCAAACUUUUAACCAACUAAAUUCAAAGGUUUGGCUUUUAAAGGCAUACCUUUGAUAGAAAAUGGAAAAUUGUACUUUAUAAGUCAUGCGGUGCAUCCAGAAACCAUUCACAGCGCUUCACUUUAUUCACAUUUUUUAUGUCACAGCCUUCUUCCAAAAUGGAUGAAAUUUACGUAUUUUUUCCCCUCAAAAUUCUGCACACAGUACC